AUGCCUGCGCAGAAGAUUGAAACGGGUCACCAGGACAUUGUCCACGAUGUAGCCAUGGAUUACUAUGGAAAGCGUCUAGCAACAGCUUCGUCCGAUGCCACCAUUAAGAUAAUUGGUGUCGGCAGUGGUUCACAGCAUCUAGCUACAUUGUCAGCUCAUAGAGGCCCCGUCUGGGAGGUAGCUUGGGCGCAUCCCAAGUUUGGGUCACUCCUUGCUUCCUGUUCUUAUGAUGGCCAGGUGAUAAUUUGGAAGGAGGGUAAUCCAAAUGAAUGGCAACAGGCUCAUGUGUUUAAUGAUCACAAGUCAUCUGUAAAUUCCAUUGCUUGGGCACCUCAUGAACUUGGCCUUAGCUUAGCUUGUGGUUCUUCCGAUGGGAAUAUCUCGGUUUUCACUGCCAGGCCGGAUGGUGGUUGGGACACCACUAGGAUAGACCAAGCUCACCCCAUUGGCGUAACAUCUGUUUCAUGGGCCCCAUCCAUGGCUCCUGGUGCUCUAGUUGGAUCCGGUCUGCUUGAUCCUGUUCAUAAGCUGGCUUCUGGCGGGUGUGAUAAUACUGUGAAGGUGUGGAAGCUGUACAAUGGGACAUGGAAGAUGGAUUGCUUCCCUGCCCUUCAGAUGCACAGUGAUUGGGUGAGAGAUGUAGCUUGGGCACCCAACUUGGGACUUCCCAAGUCCACAAUUGCAAGUGCUUCACAGGAUGGAACAGUAGUUAUUUGGACUGUGGCCAAGGAAGGUGAGCAGUGGGAGGGCAAUGUUUUGAAGGAUUUUAAGACCCCAGUUUGGAGGGUGUCAUGGUCACUAACCGGAAACUUACUUGCUGUGGCUGAUGGAAAUAACAAUGUAACAUUGUGGAAAGAAUCUGUCGAUGGAGAGUGGCAACAAGUAAGCACAGUCGACCCAUAG